AUGAAUAGAGGCAUGGAAAACUUGAUCUCAGCCAGGAAGUUACUAACAUCUAGUGUAGACAAAUCCAAAGCCCUUGGGGCUUCCCUCGAGAAAACCGGGCCCAGGUUGAACGAGAUCGGCCAGAGACUCCCCUCUCUGGAGAUCGCGAUCCGGCCCAUACGGGCCCAAUCUGCUGACCUAGCCUCAGUUGGUGGCCACAUAAACCGAGCCGUGGUCCCUGCAGCUGCUGUCCUCAAAGUGUUCGAUGCCAUUCACGGCCUCGAGAAAUCGCUUUCCGAUCCACAGUCCGAUCUUCCGGGCUACCUGAGCGUUCUCAAACGCCUCCAAGAAGCUCUCAAAUUUCUAGACGAUAAUUGUGGCAUGGCCAUACAGUGGCUUGCUGAUAUAGUCGAGUAUUUAGAAGAUCACAAAGUGGCGGAUGCCCGUUUUGUGUCGGGCCUGAAAACCGCAUUGAUAAAGCUCCGCGAGUUGGAAAACAGCGAGGAAAAGGGCCGUCUCGACGGUGGGCUUUUAGAAGCUUCUCUUGAAAGACUCGAAAACGAGUUCCGCCGGCUUUUGACGGAGAAUAGUGUCCCGUUGCCUAUGUCUUCCCCAAAUUUGUCCGAAGAACAAGCUUGCAUUGCCCCAUCUCCUUUGCCGGUGGCUGUUAUUCAGAAAUUACAGGCGAUUUUAGGAAGAUUAAUUGAGAACAAUCGUCUCGAAAAAUGUGUAUCGAUUUACGUCGAGGUACGGAGCUCAAACGUGCGUGCCAGUCUAAAAGCGCUCAAUUUGGACUAUCUAGAAAUUUCCGUUUCGGAAUUUAAUACCGUGGGUAGCAUAGAGGUUUAUAUUUCUCAGUGGGGGAAGCAUUUGGAGUUCGCCAUGAAACAUCUUUUCGAGGCCGAAUACAAACUCUGUAACGAUGUGUUUGAGAGAAUAAUGGGAUUAGAUGUUUGGAAAAGCUGCUUCGCGAGAAUAGCCGCUCAGGCUGGGAUUACCGCUUUUCUGCAGUUCGGAAAAACGGUCACUGAAAGCAAGAAAGAUCCCGUCAAGCUACUGAAGCUUUUGGAUAUUUUUGCGUCGUUAAAUAAACUAAGGUUGGAUUUCAAUCGGUUAUUUGGUGGGGCCGCCUGUGCGGAGAUCCAAAAUCUGACGAGAGAUCUGAUUAAGCGUGUGAUCGAAGGCGCUUGUGAAAUUUUCUGGGAACUUUUGGUUCAAGUCGAGCUGCAAAGACAAACUCCGCCACCUGCAGAUUGCAGUAUUCCAAAAGUGGUGACUUUUAUAACCGAAUAUUGCAAUACGCUCCUCGGGGAAGAGUACAAGCCGAUCCUCACGCAAGUACUCGUGAUCGAGAGAAGCUGGAAGCACGAGAAGUACCAAGAACGAAUCCUUACAGGGGAGCUUCUCAACUUGGUCAAGGCAAUCGAGCUAAAUUUGGAAACUUGGUCAAAGGGUUACGAAGACCCGAUCGCUUCAUAUCUAUUCCUGAUGAAUAAUCACUGGCAUUUGUACAAACAUUUGAAAGGAACAAAGCUCGGGGCCCUCCUCGGAGAUUCUUGGCUAGACGCUCAUGAGCAGUUCAAGGAGUAUUUUUUCGGUAUGUACCUCAGAGAGAGUUGGGCGAAGCUUCCGGCCCUUUUAAGCCGGGAAGGGCUUAUUUUAUUCUCCGGCGGGCGGGCCACGGCCCGUAAUCUUGUGAAACAGAGGCUGAAAGCUUUUAACGAGGCUUUCGACGAAAUGUAUAAGAAGCAUAUGGCCUGGGUUAUUGUGGACAGGGACUUGAGGGAUCGGACGUGUCAAAUUGUGGUCCAGACGAUCGUGCCUGUGUACAGAAGCUAUAUGCAGAAUUACGGGCCUUUGGUCGAGCAGGAAGGGAGCCCGGGUAAGUAUGCGAGGUAUACAGCUCAGUCGCUAGAGAAGAUGUUUAACGGGCUUUUUCAUCCGAGGCCCGCUAAACAGGGAAGUAUUAAGGCAAGGCAAUUGAGUGGGAAACUUGGCAAUGGGGCUGCUACUGUGGAUCAGUAUCAGUCUUCGCCAAAGGCUGCUAAGUGA